AUGAAACAAACCUAACCUUUUAUCCCUCUCGCUGUUGAUGAUAAUAAAGAAUACGAUAUCAAAAAUAUACUUUAAAAAUAAAUUAAAACAUUAACACCUGAGGAAUAUCAUUUUUUUAGUUUCCUAAUAGCUACUAAUCAUGUUUUUGAACAAUUAACUAAUUGUUAAAACAAAUUGAAUAAUGAUCCAACUUUUAGUUUGUGGAAGCUCUUUGAAUUCUUUGAUGUUAAUGGCGAUAGAAAAUUACAAUUAGAUGAUUUUAUUAUCACACUACAAAAAUUAGACAUUCUUCUUAAGAGAGAAGAAAUUGAAUCCUUAUUUACAACAUUAGGAGGUGAAGAUGACAAUAUCAUUUCAUACGCAGAGUUUGCUAAUUUAUUAAAAUUCUCCACUACACCAUAAUGGAGAUAAUCAAAAGUGCCAUCAGAAGGUGUUUUGAAUUAGGAUCAUUAAAAAUUAAUACAUUAGAUUUUUAGUUUGUAUGCAAAAAUAGAAAGGAGCCUUUUGUAUCUCAAAACACAAAUAGGAAAUGAUAUUCAAAAGCUUGAAGAUUUUUUCAGAAAAUUGGAUUAGAAACAAAAAGGCUAUUUAGUAUUCAAUGACUUUGUUGCUUAUAUAAAGUCCAAAGGCGUUCAAGUAAAAGGUAAUGAUUACUAUAGAGUGUUCUUUAUGCUUUAGUAAUAUAAAUCAGGUAGAAUUAGUUUUAAUGAGUUCUUGAAGAAAUUUUCAACAAGAGAAGCCUAUCAAAAUUAUUAGUAAUAAUUAGAUCUAUUGAUACAUCCUCCUUAAAUGGCGAUAAGAGAAUCAAUUGAAUAAUAGCCUGCUCUUCAAUAUAAAAUAGAUAGCUCAGCCAAUUUUGAAAACAAAUAAGUUCAAUAAAAUGAGAUUUCAUCAAAAAUAUCUUAGUAAUCUAGAUUUUCAUAAGAUCUUGAUGACUCUAUCAGAAUGCCGGGAUAUACUAGAUAUGUUUUUGGAAAUAAUUGA